CCCCCCCUUACCAACCAACCAACAACAACAACAACAACAACAACUUCCGGCUCUACGAGACACAUUUAAUCCCGCAGGUGCUGAGAAAACAAAGUAACAGAAGAACCAGCUGUGGAAAGACUCUGUGGUGAAUGUCGACAGGAUGUCCAGCCAGUUGGCCGUUUAUUUGUAAAUGGAUUAGAGGCAAGUUGUGACCAUGCGCUGCCUGGCUGCUCGUGUGAACUACAAGACCCUCAUCGUUAUCUGCGCCCUCUUCACGCUCAUCACUGUGUUGCUAUGGAACCGCUGCUCCAGUGACACCUCCCUGCGCUUCCUGCCCCGCGCUGCCUUGGUGGCUCCAAGUCCCAAGGUGGGGGAUGCUAGCAUCAGCAGCCAACAACACCCUCCACAACCUCCAGAGCCCCCGCCUGUUGUCGGGGUCAUCAGCGGGAUUAAGUAUGAAGAAAUCGACUGCCUGAUCAAUGAUGAGUCUACUAUCAAAGGCCGCCGAGAGGGUGGAGAGAUCUACCUGCCCUUCAGCUGGAUGGAGAAAUACUUUGAGGUGUACGGCAAAGUAGUGCAGUACGACGGCUACGAUCGGUUUGAGUUCCAGCACAGCUAUUCAAAGGUUUACACUCAGCGUGAGCCCUACCACCCCGAUGGGGUCUUCAUGUCGUUCGAGGGAUACAAUGUGGAGGUCCGUGACCGUGUCAAGUGUAUAAGUGGAGUGGAAGGCGUGCCUCUGUCCACUCAGUGGGGCCCUCAGGGCUACUUCUACGCCAUCCAGAUUGCUCAGUACGGCUUGAGCCAUUACAGCAAAAACCUGACCGAGCGCCCUCCCCACGUAGAGGUCUAUGAUACAGCAGAGGAGAGAGAUAGCCGGGCAAGCACAGCUCCCUGGAGUGUGCCGAAAGGUUGCGGUCUCAGCCGUGUCUACGACAAGAUCCGAACUACCACCGUGCGUCAGUUCAGUGCUCCAGAGUCCUCCGAAGGCGUGUCCCUCCAGCUGGGUAACUCCAAAGACUUCAUCCUCAGCUUGGACAUCAAGUUCAUCUCCAAUGGCAGUGUGUCUGUGAUCCUGGAAACCACAGAGAAGGGCCCGCCCUUCACUAUCCACUACGUGACCAGCACGCAGCUCAUCGCCUUCAAAGACCGAGAAAUCACUUACGGUAUCGGUUCACGAACUUCCUGGAGCACUCUAACCCGAGAUCUGCUCACCGACCUCAGGAAGGGCGUCGGGCUGUCCAACACUAAGGCUGUGAAGGUCACAAAGAUUAUGCCCAGACGGGUGGUGCGAUUAGUCCUACAUGGGCGUGGCUUCGUUGACAACGUCACCAUCUCCACCACUGCCCACAUGGCUGCCUUCUUUGCCGCCAGUGACUGGCUGCUUCGCAACCAGGAUGAACGAGGGGGCUGGCCCAUCAUGGUCACCCGAAAACUGGGUGAAGGCUUCCGGCCUCUGGAGCCCGGCUGGUACUCGGCCAUGGCUCAAGGCCAGGCCAUGUCCACCCUGGUGAGAGCCUACCUCCUCACGAAGGACCAGGCUUACCUCAACGCUGCCCUCAAGGCAGUAGGACCCUACAAGGUGCCUUCAGCGCAGCACGGGGUCAAAGCUGUGUUCAUGAACAAAUACGACUGGUAUGAAGAAUACCCCACCACACCCAGCUCCUUUGUCCUCAACGGUUUCAUCUACUCCCUGCUGGGACUCUUUGACUUGACUGAGACAGCCGGAGAGAAGCUUGGCAGGGAGGCUGGGCAGCUGUUCAGCCGCGGCAUUGAGUCCCUGAAGGCCAUGCUGCCCCUCUUCGACACAGGGUCUGGGAGCAUCUAUGACCUGCGUCACUUCAUGUUGGGCACAGCGCCCAAUCUGGCACGCUGGGACUAUCACACCACGCACAUUAACCAGCUACAGCUGGUGGCAUCCAUAGACAACUCUCCCAUAUUCAAGGAUGUGGUCAAGCGCUGGAAAAACUACUUAAAAGGGAUUCGUGCCAAGCACAACUAGGCAAACUAUAACUUACAUAUAGUAUAGAGCUGAGAUGAUGACUGAAAGGUUGAAUAUAUGUUACGUGUGAGAACUUAAUGGAUGAUUUAAAUUUGAGGCAGAUACUCACAUUGUGUGUCUGUGUGCGUCCCAGUUUUGGUUGAGGUUCAUAAUCUAAAGGAUGAGUUUAUUCAGCUGCAGCUCUCAAUACUCGUGUGCUCUGUUGCAGGUUUUAUAUUUUCUGCAACAUUGACUGUAGCUCUACUCUCCUGUUUUCUUUUUUUCCUUGAGCUAGUCUUUGUUAUUAUGCACAGACCUAGUUUCAGAGUGUGUGAGUGUGUGUGUCUGUGUGUGAGAGAGAAAGUAACAGUAUAUGAUGUUAGAGAAUUUAAUUGUUGAAACUGAAUCACAUUUCCGACAUUCUUUGAUGCAUCCACCACAAGUCUCUUCUCCAAGUAUGUAUUUUUUUACCAUUUCAGCCAGAUUAGCAAGUUUAUUGAAACAAAUAAACUUUAAAACAACAAAAGUAAAUCGCAGAAUAUAUUAUAGAUUAUUUUGAGGAGAAUGUUGCCAAAAAAAACACGUAUCAAUAUAAAAUACUUAAACCUUUUGGAUUUUAUUUCUCCAAUGUAACCUUUUUUUUUUUUUAAACCCAUAACCUUCAAAAGUUUUAAAUGAAGAGGUAAUUUUUUUUAAGUAUACCAUGUUUAAGCUGUGAGAUAAAUUCAUUUCAUCCCUUUACAGAAAUGCUGAAGAGACGAAUGCUUCAUGCUUCCAAACCGGCAGCUUCCACUUCUUUUCUGAAGCCCUUUCCCGCUAAAACACAGUUAAAUUGUCACAAAUAAUUUCGGUGAGGAUUAUGUUGUUAUAUCUUCAGUGAGCUUAACUUCUUUAAACUCCCUUUUCUUCUUUUCUCCACCUUUAAUAUAAAUAUUAAGUCAUGGAUUAGGUGUCUGUCAAGCUGCUUGAAAUGAGCUCUGAGGAAUAAACACCUCAAAACCACUAUAUUGGAUUUCAGAUGGUUAAACCGGCUCCCACUUACAAGAGGGUCUUCCUGCUUCCUACCCACAAUUCCACUGUGUUUAUCUGAGCUGUUGUGUCGGCACAUCUGGUCAGAGUUGCUUGCAUGACUGCAUCUUCGGUCGUGUGACUGACCCUGGGACCAGGUAAUGUUUCAGUUGCGUUACAUUCCCUGAGAUAAACCCGUCAGGUCUGCAACAAUCUUUAAAAAAAAAAAAAAAAAAAUCAAAUUAAUAAUUCAUCCUAAUUAGACCUCAGCGCUGAAGCCACUGAAAUGCUGGUAGCUUUUAUGUGAUGUUUUAAGAGGACAAACUCUGUGCUGCCAUUCUCAGCUGUAACCAAAAGUGUGUGUGUGUGUGUGUGUGUGUUGGUCACAGAGAAACUUAAUAAUUCAUGUGCCAUUGCAGAACACAGCUACAGUUCUGCAUCACUUUGAGUUCACUUCAGCUCAGUUAGUAAAACAUAAGUUUCCCCCUAUCAGAGCCGAGUCAAUUUAGCACAGAUACGCUUGCAGCUGGUCACAAAUCACAGUUUGUUGUAAAGACGGCGGCGGAGAAAUUGGCCUCUAAUUUCACUGAUCAAGCCACUGUGGCUCUGUCCUUCUCAUGUGCACCGUUUGGGUAAAGAUAGAAAAUGGUCAGUCAGCCAGAUAUAUUUAACUUCAUCAUGAGUGUGUUGUCUUGUAGUGGACACAAGCGGGAGUGUUCAGAUUACACUGUGGCUUUCAGGAGACCCUCUUAUUCAGGGCUGGGAGGAUACUGGAUGUAUGCAUAUCUGCAAAAAUAAACCAUCAGUAUAUUUCAGUUCGUACGGAGAAUAUUUAGCCUGGGACAACAGAGAAACAAGAAUUAUUAACCAUUACAAUGUUGUUGUUUUGUUGUUGCGCUCUGCUUAGUAACGCGCGUUGAGUGCGCCCCCACGCAUAGAUGGCCCUAGCAGGAAUAGACAGCUUUGUGUUUAUUAGGCACAAAUGAUCUGAAAUUGCCCGAAUACACACAAGUGCUCAAACAUUUGCCUGAUGUACAGGAAGAUUUACAUUUAUACAGAAAAUAACCAUUGGCACCAACAAUUACGAACUUUUUUGGAGAGUUCAUGUCUCUUUCGGGAGAGCUGAGCUCCCUCUCGCUCCCCCGUAUGUCGAACCCUGGUGUAAUUCCCAUUGUUCAGACUUCAGACUAGACUGCACAUAUGAGCCGUCUCUGAUAAUAUUAUCAAUACUUUAUUCUGAUCUUUACAGGUUUUUUGUUUUUUUUUACUAUUCUGACAAAGGACUUCAGAUGUAAAUGAGUCAAUCUUGGCACAUUAGUCGAUGAUAAAUAAGAUCAAUAGAAAAAGUUUACUGAAGUUCUCUGCAGAUUAGAUUUGUAAGAUUCCUUCAUCCUUUAAGAAUCACACGCAGGGGCAGAGACGUUAAACAGUACUUGUACUUCCAUUAAACUUACUUUUAAAGCCAAACUUCAGCUUCAGAUGAAUUAAAAUAUUUAUGUCGCUUUACUUCCCUGGGUUUCAACGCGUUAAUUGUUUUGCCUCCUUUUGACCUGUUUUUUAACUUGUUUACUUGGAAACUCCUCUGAAAAGCUCUUCUAUACUUCAGGCUGAUAAUUGCAGGGCAGUGCCGGUGUAGGUGGUGUAGAUGUACGUGUUGUGUAUUCAGUAGAUAUACGUGUGGGCAGCAGAGGCACAGCUGCAUCUCACUAACAUGUCAAUUUAUAACAUUUAAAUAGACAAUGCCAGGAGUGCUGAAGGUCGAGGUAAAUUCUUGACAAACAUAAAGAAGCUGUCAGUCCCACCAGGCUCUCAUUUCUCCUCUCAGCUGUUGUGGGUGCAUGAACUCAGCGUUUUUAAUCUCAGUGCUGCCCUGUUGACCGCUGUACGAGGAGAAACCGGCUUGCCAAGACACUAACAAUUCACCCUGCUAAUAGGCUGGAGAGCCUGCACGUAGUACAGUCGCUAGUCGGGGAUGAGUCAGCAUUCACUGGCAUCGCUCUCACAAAGAAAACAAAGUGGAGCCCUCAGCAUUAAUGAGGCUUUCAUCGAUCUACUUUAAAGAUUAUAAAUGGGACGCAGGAGAUUCGAGCCGGUUUGUUCUUCUGAAAGGUGUUGAUGGUGAAUCUUCUUUGGUCAUUUGCAUAGAACUGACGAAAAACUUUGAGCUGGAACCGUGUUCUCAUACGCUCUUUCAAAAGUGGUGUGAGCUUUUCAAGAAUAAAUCAGAAGAAGAAUGGGAUUCAUAUCGAUUGAAACAUUGGCUAGAAGAAAAAAAAAAGUUGUGCCACUGAGAUGAGUUGCUUUUGUACAAACUUGUUAUUAAUUCCCCCGGGUACAUCUUCUCUGACCUUGCAGCUUCAUCUGUAACUCAACUUCCUGCAUUCAGAACUAAGUAAGAAUGUGCAACAGAGUAUUAGGGCCAAUGUUAAGACUAAUAUUAUUAUAUUUCAUGAAUAAAGUCACAAUAUUAAGAGGAAAAAGAUAUUUUUUUGCAAGGAAAAGUAUUAACUGUACAACACAGUUUGUAUCUGCUGUAUUGUACAGUUACUCUUUCAGGAAAAGCUAAAUUAUGAGCAUGUUAACCAGAGUUUAAUAAGAACAUACAGCAUUUUUUUCCCUUUUCACUGUAAUGCUAUGACUUUAUUUUAAUAUUACAACUUUUUUCUCUAAAUAUUUUACUCUCAAACUUUCUUUUUUUUUAAAUAUUAGGACUUUUUCCCCAUAAAAUUCUGCCUUUUUGCAUUACUUUAUUCUCAAAAUGUCCACAGAUUUAUACUGUGGAUGUUUUUAGUUAAAAUAUAAAAUGUCAUCCCAGAGAAGAGGUAUGAGUGCACUUUUUUCUUUGUGAUAAUCAGUUUUUUUGGAUGCUUUGUUCAUUUCCUGGUGGCAUUUUCUUCCCAUGAAUACUUGCAUAAUUCAUACUUUGCCAUUUUGACAGGACAAGUAGAAAUAUGUAGUUUUAAAGGGAACAUUCAGGAAUGGAAGUUUACUGUGUGAUUAACUUAAUCUGAAUUUUGUUUAUACCAAAGUCAUUUGAUUCAAGUACAUUUUGAAUUUGUAUAUUUUUGUGCAAACUGAUUUCCAUUCAGCAUUUAAUGACGUAAAGUCUCCUCGGAGACGCCACAGAGACACUGCCUUUUGAGAAAUGCUAGUUUUUCAAAUGUAGGUUGAAUAGAUUAUAGCAGAAGUAAGAUAUGUAAAACAUGCUUAUCGUAAAGGGGACAUGUGCAACUAGAGAUUAGCAUUUAGUCAGCUACUGUUUUAAAGGCAAAAGGGCCAAUAGCUGCAAAUUCUCCUCGAAAGUCUUUCUCCUUUUUCUGUUUUUGGAGUGCGUGUUUGCGUCAUUCAUCAAUUGUUGUAAUAAUUUGUGGAGGAGUAUGAUGUUUUGCUAGAUAGACAAAAGCACAAUGCCGUUUAUUGUCACAUGGUUUUCUGUUGUAUUUCUUUUCGGAUUGCUUUGUUUUUCUUUUCAGGACAAUGUGCAACGCCUUCGUUAAGGAAGCUGCUAUUAUUGUUCACUGUGUUACAGGUAUGACAACUUCUUUUUCCUCAUUUUGGUGGGUUUUUUCCUUUUUCUAUUUUUCCACUAUCCAUUUAAGACUUCAACACAUGACCACUGAGGUCAAAUGUGAUUUAUGCAAUAAAAUGUUUACUGGGGUUGUGACACCACAGGAGACCCAGAGCGGUUGUACAGACUUUGCAAUCGAAGCACAAUGUGCAAAUGCUACCAUUUUUUAGUCCAAGGAAGAGAGAGGUGUUUAUAUACAGAGUAAAUCUUUGUGCUUUAAAAAUUUGCUUUUUAAAGGUGUAAAAAAAAUAAAAGCAUUUUUCUUAAA